GGAGUUGCCGGUUGCCCGGAUGUUCCUCUCGCUCUAGCCCCGGCCGAAGCUCGGCCAGAACCGGGGGGGAGAGAAGCUGAUGGCUCCAAUAUGGCUGCCCUGAUGGCCCUCAGGAGAGAGUGAGAGAGGCCUAGACGGCAAAGACCGGAACUGAGCAGGAGGGGGAAGGUGGGGAGGGGGGCUUGAGGUCUGUCUUGGGGAGGAUGUGUGGAAGGAAAGGGGGGCAGAAAGGAGAAGGAGGAGCCCACCCACCCCCGGGUUGACCAGGCCACCCUCUCCUCGCCUACCUGAAGAAGGUGGUGGGGGCACGGAAUCUGAACUGGUGGGGGAAAGGGAAGGCAGAAUACCCUCCCCCGAAAAAGUUAACCAUCUUCCCUUAAGCUUGGUUGAGGAAACUGAGGGGCGCUGGAGGUAGAAUUCAUUAUUACUAGGAGAGGGGAAAGCCACCCCCCCUUCUUUAUAAUUGCUGUCCCUUCUCCCUCCAGCUUGCCCACCACCCAAGGCAGUGAGGUUAACAAAAGGGGAGUCUCCCCUGGGGAGAUAUAAUUGGUGGGGGAGAGGAAAGACUGUUCUCUCUUUAAAAGUUAUCCCCUGUCUUUCCUGUCUGCUUCGUGGAGUGGGUGGGGACUAGCAAACAUAAGGGUCUGGACAGUUUAGGAAAAGAACAAGGGCUAUUAGGGUGGGUGGGUGUUGUUCACCCUGGACCCUUCUUGGGGGAAACAUUAGGGUAGAAGGGCUUGUAAGGAGUGCAGGCAGGGAGGGGAUUGUGGAAUCUGGGCCAAGCCCUAGGAAACCCAGCACUGUGUUUGUGUGGUUUUCCCCACGCUUGUGAUAAUUAAUCUUGUUGGUCUUGAUUUUUUUUUCUUAUUAAGCAGGAGGUAGGGCAAAGGAAGGGGAGAGUAAGGUAGCAGGAGAGGAGGAGGCAUUGCAAGGGCAAAUUUAUAAUUACAAGCUUCUAAAAUGCCGCAUUCUAAAAUCUGCAUAUUCCUCUCAGUGUUUCAAAUAAACAAAGCUAACAUCCCAGUUGUAAGCAUGUUUACUUGGAAGUGAGUCCCACUGUUUUCAGUGGAACUUACACCCUGGUAAGUGUACAUAGGACUGCAGCCUAAGUUUCCCUUGUGACUGAAUGAGAAAAUGAAGAAAAUAGGAGGUAAAGUGAAGUGGGCUAGAGAUUUUGCACGUUCACAUUUGGCCCUCCGGGUGCUGCUGCCUGUGCGAGACUGGAUCUAAGCGUGGCAAACAGGGAGGCUCGGAAGUACAAGAGGAUUUAAGUUCUAGAAGCCAUUCCUGCUCCAAUUCUCAAGGAAGCUGGGUGGCCCAAACUGGACCUGGCAGUCACGCAAGAUGGCUGCCUUGAAACGGAGUCGGAAGCAAGCCUGGCCGGAGGAAGAGGGCGACCGGGAGCACGGCCUCUACAGCUUGCACCGCAUGUUUGACAUCGUGGGCACCCACCUGACCCACCGGGACGUCCGGGUCCUGUCCUUCCUCUUUGUGGACGUGAUCGAUGACUACGAGCGGGGGAUGAUCCGCAGUGGCCGGGACUUUCUGCUGGCUUUGGAAAGGCAGGGCCGCUGCGACGAGACCAACUUCCGCCAGGUGCUGCAGCUGCUGAGGAUCAUCACCCGUCAUGACUUGUUGCCCUAUGUCACUUUGAAGAGGAGGAGGGCUGUGUGUCCUGAUCUCGUAGACAAGUACCUCGAAGAGACUUCCAUUCGCUAUGUGACGCCCCGUGCGCACACGAGUGCGGAACACGCUCCUGCUCACCAACACAAAUCAGUGCCUCCCCACCACCCGCUGGUCUGCUGCUCCUCUUCAGGUCCCCAGAUUUGUACCAAGAGGUCUGGUCGGGGAAGGGCCCUCCUUGGUAGCCAGCGGAAAAGGAGGAAGUCGGUGACGCCAGACCCUAAAGACAAACAGACGUGUGACAUCCGCCUCCGAGUCCGAGCGGAGUAUUGCCAGCAUGAGACAGCCCUGGAGGGGAACGUCUUCUCCAACAAGCAGGACCCUCUUGAGCGGCAAUUUGAGCGCUUUAGCCAGGCCAACACGAUCUUGAAAUCCCGGGACCUGGGCUCGAUCAUCUGUGACAUAAAGUUCUCGGAGCUCACUUACCUCGACGCCUUCUGGCGCGACUACAUCAACGGCUCUCUGCUGGAGGCCCUGAAAGGCGUCUUUAUCACGGACUCGCUCAAGCAAGCAGUGGGCCACGAGGCCAUCAAGCUCCUGGUCAACGUGGAUGAAGAGGAUUACGAGGUGGGCCGCCAGAAACUCCUGAGGAACUUGAUGCUCCAGACGGCUCCUUGAACCCACCCCCUCAACCCUUUUUUUCUCAUCUUUGCCUCUUCUUUGGAAUGGAAUUGGGAUUUUUUUUCCUUUAAAAAAAAGGGGUGUGUGUUCUCUUAAGGAGUCAAAUCCUGAGCAACUGUAAGACCUGCCAAUGUGGAAAUCGAUGCAGUUGAUUUCAUCCCUCCCUCUGGUUGGGAACCAAAAUGGGAGGCAGGAAAAAAUUCUGAGAAGUUGGUCCCAGGCCCCUCUUUACGAGGUCUUUGGAGAGGGCCAUUCUCCACAGGCCGGGAGAGCCUUUUGGGCUUCUUGCCGGAAACUCCCCAGGUCUGUCAUCCUUCCUUUUCACAUUCUCUCUUGUGCUGUCUACUUCUACUACUACUUAUUUUUGGGUUUUUUGUUGGUACUGUCUGUCUCCAAAAAAUUAGACUACCCUUUGGCGCAAUUGGCUAUUGCCCAGAAAAGUCUUUCUGGGUCUUAGCCUGAUCCAGAAGUAAUGAGACUUCAACUUGUCUCUUUAUAUUUAAAAGAAAAAGGAAACCGAACCCAAACGUAGCUGUUCUUGUGAGGGGAGCAUCUUAUGCCAGUAUUUUCUUUCAAAGCUGUGAGUCUGGGGUGGGGGUAGGGUGGCGAUGUGCAGAGAAGGGAAGGCAUUUGGUGUCUUGGACUACGAGAACCAGAAAGAUGCUCUUAAUUUAAACCAAAUCUGUCCUCCCACCUCCACGAUGUAGCACUGUCUUUAAGAUGGCAGCGAGUCCUGCCAGUUGGAUUUAUGAACUGUUAUGCAAUUGAAUAUUUGGGGGGGGGGUUCUCUCUCUGGAAGGAAAUAGCUUGUUCGUGGAAGGCAGGAGGAUCCAUUGUGCAAGAUGGUGAAGAGACCUGACCUCUUUGAAAUCAGCUCUCCCCAGGGGGUGGAUUGUCCUCAUUUGAGAUGAGGACAUUUAUUUGGGGUCCUGCUUCUGAAGCCCCCUCCAAACCCAGCUAGCAACACUAAAUGAAAACAGGCCCCAAGAGUUCCCCCCCCACACCGCCCUCCCCCCGCACCUAGCACUUACCCUUGACCAGGCCUCCUGAGCAAGGAGAGCCGUCCGGCACCUCUCUGAUUCCACUGCGUGUGCCUUUCCCUUGACCAUUUUUUGGUCAGAGGGAGCGUCUGCCUCCAAAGAUGACAGAGAAAGGAAUGCUCCUCGGGGUCUUUUUCCUCUCACCUCCUUGAACCCCUCCUACCCUACCCCCGACCAUCUCAGUUGUUUCAUGCCUUCAAGAGGCAGGUGGGAUUACAGGAGCAGAGGAAGGAAGAGGAACGUGCUGUCUGUGAACGGUCACGCCAGACCAAAGGCAGUAGGGCAAGAAAUCCCAGUCUGGGAGUCCCCACAGCUGCAUCAUCUCAGCCCUUCCUUGCCUUUUUGCUCCCCACCUCGCCUGCUGGGACUCCUUAUCCCAUUUUUGGACCUGGAUUUGGCUCUAGCCUGGCUCUCUGUGAAGGGCUUUAGGAGCAAAUCCCGUAGGAGGCCCGCUUGGGGUGGGAGGAACAAAGGAAAGAGAUGGAUUUUGGUUUCCUGCCUUCCAUUCCAUCGGUGCUGCUGGGUGUCAUGGCCGCUGCCUCUCAUGUUCCUUAAAUGUCAUGAUGCAUUUUCUAAAAAGACUGUUGGAGCUUUCCAAGGAGGAGCGGGGAAGCGUCUCAGGAUAAAUAUCCUCAGCAGAGGGCUUUUGAGGCCGGAGUGGGGAAAGAGAAAAGGAGACAUUGUCCUAGGAAGGGCAGACACGUCGGGGUUGUGAAAGCUCACCGGAGCUGCUGGGCCAUCCGCACAAGUGGCUUUGGAAUUUGGGAGAGCUCGAGGGCACUUUUAUGUUUUGGUAGCACUGAUGAGUUGGGGUUACCACUUCCCUGUCCAAAAAAUUGACACAUCCAUGUCUCCGUAAAACUUCAUGUUGGUACAAUGAGAAUCCUGUUCGUGCUCAGUUCCAGGAGAUAAUCGCUUCAGGCUCCAGUUGCAGGGAGAGAAGGGAGAUGUCGGCACUUGACAAAAAAAAAAAUCACAUGAAGCUAUAAUGGUGGGGAGGGAGCAAGAAUGAGAAUCCAAGUCUAUCUUCAUGUAGGAUUUGUUUGUUUGUUUUUAAAAUCAGCUUUGUUUCUGAAUUUGUUUUCCUGUUUGUCGCCUCUGUGUCUUGCAUUAAUUUGGAUCCCACGAAUCUGGAAGCAGCUGAAGCGGAACUUUGGUUUGGGAGGCUACCCAAGAGAGCUGCUUGGACACGUCUAGCACCUGUGCUAGAUGUGCUGUCUGUGCGCAAAGAUCUUCUGUGGGUCUCUCCACACUCCCUCCCCCCCCCACCCGAGCCUUUUCCCAUUUGGCAUAAAUGGUUGUUUUCUCCUCCUCCUUCCUGGUAAGCAAGCGGGCAAACUCCCAUUUAAAGGUGGGGUUGAAUGGAAUUCCAAUUGUGGGGCCAGUUCAUAUGGUCAGUGAGAAAUAGCUGGCACUUGUUUCCUGGACUGCAGCAUUUUAAGCCCUGCUGGGAGAAGGGAAGAAUCACCGCUUCUCCUUGAAAGGCUCCUUGCAACCCCCCCCCCCCAAAAAAAAGAGGUAGGAGGCGUUUUGGGUAGCUUCCUGUGCUUUGUGAUUCUGCUCUUCUUCCUCUUUGCAGCCACGUUUACUGUAAACCUCCCAGGCCACAGGUUUAUUAUUUUUAUUAAGUCUCCAAAAAUGGACUUAAGACAAAAGUUUCAGGUUACCCACAUCCUUGCCAUGCCAGGCAUUUCUGCACUGCAGCCCGGUUUGGUACAGUCCAGGGAAAGCUGUUGCUGCCAUCGAUGACCACAUAAACAGGGCCCGAGUCCCGACCCGCACCUGGCAGCUCUUAGCGUUCUCAAGAGCGUUUCUGCCGAGCGUGCACCUCCCUCCCGUGUGCACAUGGGCGCGCACACAUACACGCAAUUACUCCCAUCAAUUCUGGCACAAAUUUGUGUAAAAAAAAUAAAUCCAUAGCUUCUCUCUCUCUUUUUUUUUAAGGAACUUCCAGUAUAACUGGUCAUAAUCCCAGUGUAGCUUUGUUUUCUCAAAAUAAAAAAAAAAUCUGCCUUUUA